GGCUGCUAGGACGGGAAGCCAAGACGUUUGAAAGGGCCAAGAUAAAAACGAGUAGAAGUUCGCAGCAAAGCUUUGUUGGCGGAGAGCUGUGGCGAGCGAAGAAUGACGAGAAGAUUAAUUUUGGCCAACUCUGGGAUUACUUUAACAAGGUCUUAAGCAGUGACCGGGACGAUUCGCGUCCGGUGGCUGUGCAUUUCUGGGGACGCCUAGGGAAAAACAUGACCAACAAAAAUGUUUAUUUUGAAAAUCGAGUAGCGAGGAGUUUCUUCUGCUUAGAAACAUCACCGGAGGACUGCUUAAAGAAAACGGAAACUGUGCUUUAUAGCGUUGAGCAGGGGAUUUUAGAUAUUUUGGCAAGAAUUUUGAGAGAUUUUUUACAAUAGAGCUGGGGAAAAGGAAUCUGAAGGUUAGAGUUGGAAUGUCAGGAAAGAACAAAAGACCGGAAAUGUCUCCGUGUUAAAAGAAAUUAGCAGAGUACGGAAAGACAUGUACAAUGACACAUUAAAUGGCAGUACAGAGAAAAGGAGUGCAGAAUUGCCUGAUGCUGUGGGACCUAUUGUUCAGUUACAAGAGAAACUUUAUGUGCCUGUAAAAGAAUACCCAGAUUUUAAUUUCGUUGGGAGAAUCCUUGGACCUAGAGGACUUACUGCUAAACAGCUUGAAGCAGAAACAGGAUGUAAGAUAAUGGUCCGAGGCAAAGGCUCAAUGAGGGAUAAAAAGAAGGAGGAGCAAAAUCGAGGCAAGCCUAAUUGGGAGCAUCUCAAUGAAGAUUUACAUGUACUGAUCACUGUGGAAGAUGCUCAAAACAGAGCAGAGAUCAAACUGAAGAGAGCCGUUGAGGAGGUGAAGAAAUUACUGGUACCUGCAGCGGAGGGAGAAGACAGCCUGAAGAAGAUGCAGCUGAUGGAGCUUGCAAUUCUCAAUGGCACCUACAGAGAUGCCAACAUUAAAUCACCAGCCCUUGCCUUUUCUCUUGCAGCCACAGCCCAGGCCGCUCCAAGGGUUAUCACGGGGCCUGCGCCCGUUCUCCCGCCAGCUGCCCUGCGCACCCCUACGCCAGCUGGCCCUACCAUAAUGCCUUUGAUCAGACAGAUACAGACCGCUGUCAUGCCAAACGGAACUCCUCACCCAGCUGCUGCGAUAGUCCCUCCAGGGCCCGAAGCUGGUUUAAUCUACACGCCCUAUGAAUACCCCUACACGUUGGCGCCAGCUACAUCGAUCCUUGAGUAUCCUAUUGAACCUAGUGGUGUAUUAGGUGCGGUGGCUACUAAAGUUCGAAGGCACGAUAUGCGUGUCCAUCCUUACCAAAGGAUUGUGACCGCAGACCGAGCCGCCACCGGCAACUAACCUAUGACCUUCUGACCUCUGAACUCUUCACCCAAUGAUGACCUGACCAUGCCUGCCUGCUGAUCAGUUAACUGGUAAUCGCCUUUGCUUGCCUGUCGUCAGUGCAGCGAGCUGAGGCACUUGUCCGUUCGUCUUACCAUCUAACCAAACAAAAGACAAAGAAAUUGUCCUCCAACUCAGCUUUUGGUUUUUUUUGUUUUUUUUUGUUUUUGUUUUUUCUUUUUUCUGUUUGGGUGAAAGUGGUUCUAGAACCUGCACUGAAUAGUAGUAAAGCAAUAAGGCCCAAUUCAUCCCACAGCACUGAUCAUCUUUUAAUGUCCCACCCUAAGCGAACGGUAAGAAGGCCUCACUUCAGAAGGGGAGACAGAUGGCCCUUAACUACUCAGUGACAGAGGCAGUUACUGUGAGAGACUUCUAGGAACCUUUUCUUCUCAUAGCGAGUCACAGCUCUCUGAAUGUACUGUGUCAUGAUGCAUCAUGCAUGAACCUUUGGUCAGGGAUGUCAUUGGUGAAGUGAUUUCAAAAAGUAUUCAAAAUUUGAUAUGCUGUUUAGUCACUACAGUGCCCUCAAAGGGCAGAAGUUGCAGCCUUUUUUAUAUUGCCUGCCAAAAUUUGAAGUAUUAGAAGUGUGCCAUGAGAGAAAAACUUAAGGAAUUUUGAAAAGUAAUGCAAAGAACAAAACAGCAACACUAUUUUUAAAAAGAUAAAUAUCUGAGUUAAAAUUACUGAACCUUUAUUUUACACCUCCUUUAAAAAAUAUACGAGAACAAGGUACAUGCAUUAUGUGUCACAUUACUGGGCAAACUGUUCAAAUAUUUUUUUUAAACCUCCCUGUAUAGAAAAAAAUCAUUAAGGAUGUAAAAGCCAUGCUUGCCUAUUUGCUGUAUACAUGUAAUGAAAUUGUAGAUAAAGUGUAGUGCAUUGAAACAAAUGAACAAAAAGUAGAUACUUUUACUAUACAAGGGUGCUGGUGCAGAAAAAAUAUAUAUAUUUUUGGAAAUGUAGCAUUUUAUACUUUCAAGUGUUAUAAAAAAAAAGAACAAAGAAACCCUUUAUUUCAUGAGAUGAUUUUUUCUGGUGGUUGUCAAGAAACAAAAGACCAAAAGAGCCUUUUUGUCUUUUUUUUAUUUUUUAAGUAUUGGAAUAAGUCUAAAGAAAAGAAAGUGCCUUAUUUUCCUUCAUGGUCAUUUAGUCAACUGUCCUGUAAGGUCAGCUCUUCCCUCAGAAUACAAGUUAAUGCAUGUUACUCAGUCGCCCAGUAUGUGAAAGAAGAUGUGAGGGGAGACAAAUGAGUUGAUGGUUUGAAUUAUAUGAUUUUUGCCACGUUACCUUGAUAUAAAUUUGCCAAAUCUGAUACUGUGAAAAAAUUUGAUAACUUUUCUAAUGCCUAGCAAGUAAGUUUUAAAACAUUCUUUUAAAAUCAUAAUUGAGUGCUUUUUGGUUAUUGCGAUAUUUAAUGUUAGUCCAAAGGAUUCUGAAAUAAAAAUUAUGUGUGAUCUGAACACCACUUUACAGACAAAAUUAGAGCUCUCUUUUGUUGGGGGGGGAGGGGUAUUGGAUUUUGUAUUAAUUGGAGGUAAUAAUAGUAUAUUAGCAACCUUUUUCACAAAAACGAAUCUUUGUGCUUUUCAUUCUGGAAAACAAGGUUUUUAAAUGAACCAAAUUUAAUCGGACUUGUUUCUACCGUACCAGAUCACUUGGGUAGUCCAUCUCUGCUGGUUUUAGUAACCUAAGCCAACAACGCCCCCUUUUUAACUUUAAAAGAAUGUGAAAAGCUAGCAUCAUUGUGCAUAUAAUACUCAACUACAUGUGAGUUUAAACUUCCAGUUUCUUAUGAAGUUCAGUUUUGUAGUUGAAGCGAUUUGUGCACAAAGCCUGCAUCUAAACUCCUAAGUAAUCAUUAACUGCUCAGUACCAGACGUGGCAGAUAUCAGGUGGCGGUGGCCCCCCAGCUCGUCAGCUCCUUCCCUCUUCCACACCUUCACAGCUUCACAGUCAAAGGUCAGCAGUAAGCUCAGUAAGCACCUUUGUGGUGACCUCCUCCAUCAUCUUGUCUCACUCGGAAACCGUUUUCAGUUUAUUUACUAUGCAAUAGACAUUCAUUGUUCUGUAUUCAGCUAGCUUUAGUUUAACAUGCCACUGCUUUGUCUUUCUGUUACACAUACAGUUGUUUUGAUUUAUUUACAAUAUAUGCUGUGCCAUUUUGAUUUUUAUUUUGUUUGGUUGGUUGAAUAAAUUUGCGACACUCAAACACUUGAGGUGAUAGUUUAAAAACGAUACCAGUAUUUGAUCUAGUUUCAUCUCAACUAUGUUAUACCUGGACAUUUUAGAUGUUUAUCAAAGGUCUUUUAUGGGGAAGAAAGUAAACGUAUGAAACAAACGUGUGACAUUUAUAAGUAAUGUUGGCUCUGAACAAACGUUUGAAAACUUAGUUGACAAAAUUUUGGAUCAACCGAAAAAAAAGCAUGACUUUUGAAAUCUCUGAAUGCCUUGGUUCUCAGUAUUAUCAUUCUUUAUUGAAUUUAUUUCUUAUUAAAAUAUGUAGUUUUUAAGACUUUUUUUUCUGACAGUAUUAUGUAAUUUUUUAGUGCGGGUAGAUGGGAGUGUCGCUUGUAUGUUACCGUACAGCUGACAUGUAUUUUUGUCUAUUCUUUAUUAUCUCAGUAGUUUCAUGCUAUCUAUGUAUCAUAACCAACCUAUUGCCUAUGAGAAACAUGUAAGAUAAUGUAUUUACAGCCAUUGUUACAAGUUUAUAAUGUAUUUUUCUAUCUUGUUUUAUAUGUAUGUUAUAUAACAUUCAAAAAGAAUUUUUUUCUUGAUUGAGAAAAGGAUACAAAAUGCAAAAUUCACAAUUUUGAUAACUGAAAAUUGCCAAUUGUUUUGCAGUACUUUAUUAUAUUGGGUGUCUUGUCUUUCUUGGGCUUUUAGUUAGCUAAUGAAUGAAUACAUUAGACACUUUUGGGUUUUAGUUGGGAUUUUACAUAGCUUGCAUUUUAAUUCUUUGGUUCUUUGCUGUUUCUAUUAACCCAUAGCAUUAUUUUAAUAAAUGUUAUAAUACCAACCUA